AUUAGUAUUCAGAAGUUGCAGCUUAUAGCAAGCACAUUUAUAGUCAUAUGAGAAGUGUGUGGCUUUAUGGGAGCUCUCUAUUUGGAAUUGUGUCUGUUUUCAAAAAGACAUGUACAUAGCACAAAAGAUGAAAAUGAAAGAACUCUGCUGUUUCCUUCUUGCUAACCUAGGUUCACCUGUGUGAGAUGAGUUUAACUCUUUUGUGUUAAGAAUGCUGACUAUCAUAUGUCAUAAAAGGACAGGAAACUACACUCUGAAAGAAUAACUCGAACCUUUACACUUCAUGCUUUGGGCUCUCUUUUCAGUGAUUUGAGAACUUUGAUUUGUAAGGGGAAAAAACGCUAUAAUUGCCAGUAGCUUUCUGACCUAUCUGACUUUGUCCUAAAUGGGCUUGAAGCUCUACGAGGAAGGUGCUAAACAUUCUAAGCAGCUUUUUGUGGGUUAAAAUUUUGACCAUAGGCUGGUUAAUUUUCGCCUUCAUCCACGGAGAAAAAAUAUUCAAUCCUUGGAUCUGUGAGGCGUCCAAUUCUGUAGAGAAGAAAGCGUUACUUCCCCUUUAAGCCUGGCGCCGUUCGUGUGUGUGAGUGUGCGGACUGUGUGUGUGUGUGUCUCCUCCUCUUUGAGUGACACAGCACUUAGAUAUGCCUAUCAGUAACUUAAACCCCACAAACUCCACCUUCUAAGGAAGCUGUGGGUUGAUGGAAAUGUAGUGAGCAGAUCGAGACAGACAGUGAAUCAUUAGCAAACUGCAACGCCAGGAUGAACUUGUCUGCAACCUAAAAGGAGAAAAGAGGCUGCGAGUCCUCUGCGGCGCUGGGCUUGCUCAAUACAGCCAAAGUGGAUCUAAAAGCCGGUUGAUCCUCAGUCCAAGAUGCUGCUGGUUUCCCAGCGGAUAGAAGCACCACGGAUGGAGCCACAUAUUCCAUUACAGGGAUCCAUCAAAAGAAAACUGGAAGAUGAUAGCUCUCCUGCCUCCAGUGGCAUGCCUGAUGUCACUUUCCCAAAUGACAGUAAAAGACUUUGUCUUGACAAUGUAAACCUUGCCAUGAGCCAAGGUGCCAAUCCCAGCAUGGCAUGUCCAGAAAUGCAAAGUUCUUCAUUCUCCACUGGUCACAGCACUUCUUCCCUGGGAGUUGCAGGGCAUCCAGUGCUCCUCGAAAACAAUCACAUGAAUGGUGGUGGCACUGGCUCCCUGUUCUUAGUGCCACCUAACACAGAAAUAAAUCAGAAGGGGUCAAUAGAAGGGCAAACCAACAACAUUGUCCAUUAUGAUGAGAAAGGAAACAGCUUACAGUCUGUGGACCAAGAGCUGCAAGAUCUAUUGGAAGAGCUGACCAAAAUGCCUGAUCCUUCUCCCAAUGACCUGGAUCUGGAAAAGAUUUUGUGCAGCAAGGCUGAAGAUCAACUUGGUCUGAGUCAUUCCCAACCAAACAUAAGUACAACUCCAAAGUCCUCCCCACAGACAUCCCACUUGGAGAACCAUGUUGCUAACAAAGAUUUUUCUCCAGGCUGCAAUCCAGCCAGUGGAGGAUCCCCUCAGAUGAGACCAUCAUCUGCUGGAGCUAACUUCCAAGUUCCUCCCUCAAACAAACCCGCUGCAUCACCCAUCUCUACAGCAGCUCAGAACAAAAACCAGCCACCACCAUUGCUUCCAGUACCCUUGCCCAACAUGCCUGGCUCCAACUGGCAUGCUCAGCAGCUAAAGCAGCUGGCAGCCAGCAAGCAGGUGUCUGGAACCAAACAGCAAGUACAGGCUCCCAGCUGGCCUACUAUGUCUCCUCCUGGUCUCUCUCCACCUUACAGAGCAGGAUCAUCCCCACACCAUCAACCUUUCAGUCCUCAAAAUGUUAUAGUGUCCGGCAUGCCUGCUAAUAAUUUACCGGGAAACAACAUUCAGAGUCCUCAAAACACUCUACUUUCAAGCAUGACUUCCAGCAGUACCCCAUCCAAUGGCCCCUCUCCCCCUUAUGGCUCUGAGAAGCUCUCCAGUCCAGCUCUGAGCCAGCAGCCCUUCAGCCCUCAGAGCUCCAUGCUGCCUUCUCUGACAGCAGCCAGCUUGCCAGCCAGCAGCAUUAAAAGCCCACAGAACAACUUGGUUGCCAGUAUGGCCUCCACAAAUACUGGACCUUCUCCACCAUACAGGCCAGAAAAGCUGUCAAGCCCUGCUCUGCAUCAGCAGCCCUUCAGUCCUCAAGGUACAUUAAUCUCUAACAUCACUCCCACCAGCAUGCAGAACUCGAGUAUGCAGAACUCGCUUUUUAAAUCAAUGACUUCAAAUCAGACCAAAAAUAUGAACAUAAUUAUGCAACAGCCAUCCAGUAGCUUACAGCCAGGUCUGGUGAAUGAGAGCCCUGUUAACCAAGACCAGUUUUCUUUCAACAACACCAAACCACUGUCUCACUUUGCCUCAGAGCCAGCUACUCAAAAAAUGUCUCCUCUGACAGCAGGACAAGGACAGCAGUCCCUCAUUCACUAUCUUCAACAGCAGCAGCAGCAACAGCAGCAGCAGCAGCAGUCUCCAACCACACAGCAGUCCCAACAGACCAACAACAGCCAGUUUCUCCAGCAGCAGUUCCGACAACUAAUGCAGCCACAUCGGAUGCAGAGACAGAUGCCGGCUGCCACACUGCCAUCUCAAAGCAGACAGGAUCAAAAUCCUGGAAUUGUUGCCAGAUUGCAGGAGCCAGGCUCCAUCCCAACUGGUGGCUCUGUGCCGGCACCAGCCACGGUCAAUGGGUACACAAUGAGGAAUCAUUUACUGAAGCAGCAAAUAAUGAAACGGCAGCUGAUGCAGGAAAAGCAGAGACAAAACAUGCUGGGAGUAACAUCUGAACAGAGGAGCUUGUUUGCAGCUCAGCAGUUUCAAGCUGUGCAGCAGUCCAUUCCUGCUGACUGCAACCAGGUGAUCCCAGCUCCUCCACCCAACCACCACAUGCUGCCAUCAAACCCAGCCAUGCUCCAGAGCACCUUGGGCUCUGGCAUGGCCUCAGCCACUGCCAGCCAGAGUAGCAGGACAAUGGUGAUGAUUCCACACAACCCUGGCAAGCAGCAGGGGAUUUUUCCACCUAAUUCUGACUUUAACAUCCCACUGCGGCCAAGCCAGAACUCACUAGGCAUGAACUCAGGAUGCCAAACUGUUCCCAGCCACUCCACUGUGAGGCCAGGAAUGCCGAUGGGAGGCUUCAGUUCUGGCUCUUUAGCAAAUCACUCUGCAACACAGCAACACUUGAGGCAGCCGAGUGUGCCAAGAAUCCCCAAUGUCUACCCCAACUCAUCUGCCCAGAUGUGGACACCAACUACUGUGCCAAGAAUGCCAAAUCAAAGCCAAAUGGAUACUAGCGUGCAGCAGUUUUCUGGGAACAUGGUGUUCUCCAAACAGAGCGUGAGGCCAAGCACAUCAGGUCAGGCAUUCUCCCAGCAGGCUGUGGUGCCACCGAAUCAGAUCGCUCCUGGCAUCCAAGUCAGGCAGAUGCAGAAACUGAGCAUGGGACAGUCUGGCCAGGGCUUAAGCUUAAUGAGUAAUCAGAACUUGAGACACAAUUUAACCAGGGGAUCAUUGCCAGCUAUGAAUGUUAUGAAAUCAGUGCCCCAAGGAGUGUCCAAUUUUAACCACCUCAAUCCUGCCCCGGGCCUCAGCCCGCCAAGCUACCCUUCCACUGGCCAGCCCGACACCUUCAGCGGGAUGAGUGCCACUGCUGAGCUGCCCCAAUAUGACUUUGUGUCCCAGCACAGCAAUUCCGUAAUGCCUGCCAACUGCAGCAACACUGACUUCCUCGACUCCCUCAUGAAGAACAGCAGCAGCAACGACGAAGAGUGGUUGAACAAUCUGACAAUGAUAGAUGACAUUUUGGGACAGCACGCUCAAAGCUCUGGACAUGUUUAGCUUGGAGAGAAGCAGCCUCAUUGUAAAUAACACACGUAUGGCUUUGAACAGAACAGACGACCCAUGAAAGCCACUGCAUUGUUCAAUAAAGAGGGAAUAGACUCAGCCAAUUCUUUGCCUGCAUCAGAAUUUAAUAUUGGCAGUUUUUUAGAUGAUUGUAUAUAUUUGAAUAUUUUGUAAAUUAUGUUUUCCUAAACCUUAAAUGUAGAAGUAUUUAUACUUCCUUGCUGGACUCUUUGUAAAUAAAUCUAUAGCAUAACUUUUGGUUUUAUGAUAGGGAUUUCAUUAUACCUUGUUAUAAAUAUGCAAAUAAUAUUGUUAGUUGCUGUAAUACUGUGUAUUACAGCAUAAAAUACUUAUGUUUUUGACAUAACUUAACACAUGAUUUAGAGGUGUCAUUCCAACCAGACUAACAGAAAUCAAAUAUGGCAUCUAUUCUCCCAUAUCAAAAGGAAAGAUUGAAAAGUUGCAUUAAAAAAAAAAAAAUCCCUAAAAGAAGCUGCUGAUUCCCUUGUCACUUAGUCUUGCAGACCAAACCUGGUACAUAGGUCCCAUUCAGGCACUCAGUGCAUUGAGGGAUCUGCUUUCAGAGAUCCAUUUGCCAGAUCUGGGGCAUGUUCUCAGCUUUAUACACUCCAGUAGGUCACUCUGCCACUGACAACCCGCCAGCGCUGUACUGCAGGGAGUGUGUGCUUGUGACCUUCCAGCUGCUGACGGGUGUGUGCCUGGGGUCGCAGGCUCAGCGUGGUGUGGCCACACUGGACAGGAGGUGCUGGGCAGGCACUGCCCAGCCUCCAGCCACUUAACCCUUCAGCAAAAAGGUAGCUCUGGUUUGUGCACCUCUACCAUGUAUAUUUGUAGUGUACAGGUGAUUUAUUCCUGGUUUUAAGGCUUUUCAUAAUUUCUGUUUUAAUGUAAGACUUUUUUCAGAGGAAAAGUCUACAAACAUCAAUAGUUAAUUUUUGAUGUUUUUCUGUCAGCUACUAUUGUCCUCUGUAUAUUUAAGAGUCUGUUUACGAAAGAUUUGCUGUACUGUAAACUUCUUAAAAUGUUCAUACUUUAUGUAAUCAUAUUUUAAUAGUCACGUCAUACUUCACAAUACAUUUGUAAUAUAACGUCAGCUUCAAGCACAGAAUGUUUUUUUCUUCAUACCAUAAUAAAGUGCCAAGGGAAAAUUGCA